AUGCAUAAUUUUGACUUGAUAGAUAAAGAGAGUUUGGCGAUGGAAAUGUUUAAAGAAAAGGUAUUUUCGAAGAAUUUGGAAAAGAAUUGUCUGAAUUACUUCAAAGUUUGUUCCGUUCUUCUUGAAAAAGGCGAAAAUACAGUUGAAGCAGUCACGCAAUGCAUUAAUUUGAUCUGGGACAAGAUCCGUUGGGUAGUUAUAAAUCUUGGCAAAUCUGGCGAUGUUUUUUCGAUGCCAAAGCUUCCAUCUGAGAUCAUUAUGUCGUAUCUAGUCCAACUCGCUGGUUUCUAUGUCCAGAAAUACGCAAUCUGUUUCGCUGGAAAGAAAUCUUUCUUCGGAAAAGACUAUGUACAAGAAAUGAAGUCAGAAUGGAAGGAGAAGAAGAUCGAUCCGAACUAUUUACUCAAUGUUUCAGUGUCUCAAAAGGUCGAUUUCAAUGGUUUUUAUCAAUUAAUUGUUGGAAUGUCGUAUAUUGAUGAGAACUUAGCGAAUUCGACCCUCAGAUCGUUACAGAGUAUUAGUAUCAUGGACAAAGCUGCCCAGAAAACGAAGAACCAAGUUUCGAAAUUUUUAGAUGAAUUUUCUGAAAUUGUUUUAUCGAUUUCUGACAAGAAUUUGCAGCAGAUUGAGAAAAUACUUGUAAGAGAGUUCUGCUCGCAGAUGGAAUUGUACGACAGCCUUUCAUUUGCUUUGAGUCGAAUAAUUCAACCGGAAAAUGUUGAAAAAAUUGACAAGCAUAUAUCGGAUGUACUCAAAGGAAUCGUUGAAAUCAACUGUUUCAACAACGGAUUGCUUCAACUUUGUAUCAAAAUCGAAAAACAAGGAAAACUUGCUUCGAAAGGAGAAUUGGUCAGCAAAGCAAUGUCUCUGUUCAACGAAGUAGUUAGAGCUGUAAACAGAUCACAUGAACAAAAAUUUAUCGUAUCCGCUCUGAAUAAGAUCAAAAGUGGAGCAAUUUUUGUUAAAACUUUGGAUCCAAGUGUUGUUUUUAACUCAAUCAAUGAGAUUAUAACACUUGGAAUUAAAGUUAGACAAUUUGGUCAAAUUGAAGCUUCUAAUACCAUUGAAGAUAUCGAAUCUGUUGUUUUAGGAUGA